UGUUGAUAAUCUAUGGACUGCCCAUAAGCCCAUCUCUAAAAAACUACUUGCUCUGCCCUAAAUUGAAGUAGUCUCUCGUCAGUUUUUUAGUGAAUUAAUUAAUAAUGUUGUACAUUGGGCAACUAAAUUUCAAAUUUGCCAAUGAAUUAAUACAAUAAACCAAAUACCUAUUUCACUAACACUUAUAUCUGCGGUUUGUUGAGAAGUGUUAUAAACAUGUGUACUACUCAUUGUUUUGAUCCCAUUAAACUAUAUUGAUUUAUCUUAAGCCAGUGACCUGUUUUUCGUCUUUGUAAAGUGUAAUCCUUAAAUAAUUAAUACUAAUACUAUAAAGAGCAACAGCUUGGAUGCAAGGGGAUGGUUCACAUGGAUUCAUAUCGUUUUGGAAAACGAAUAAUGUGUUGUUCUAAAAUAAUGCAUUCGAAAGUUUAUAUAUCGUGAUUUUAAUUGAAAAAGUAUAAAAACAUACUAGUAAUUAUAAUAGUAUGUGUUUGUCGCGAUGAUGACGCCGAUAGAGGAGAAGAAAGAUGAAAAGAUACGCACAGGAAUGGUGCAGGUGUCGGAUGGGAAGUCCCGUCCACGGCCUGCACGGCUUUUACUUACCAUGGACGCGGUGACCAUCCAGAGAGAGGCACCUGUGCCCAUAUUACCACCAAAAGACAAAAAUGUGCCUCACGCUAGGGAGCGGAUGGUACAAAUUACCAGGCAGAAAGUUGGUGGUCUUGGCCUCAGCAUCAAGGGAGGUUCAGAACAUAAACUGCCAAUAUUAAUCUCAAAGAUAUACAAGGACCAAGCUGCUGAUCAGACAGGACAACUUUUUGUUGGAGAUGCUGUAAUUAAAGUUAAUGGUGAAUACAUAACAGCCUGCAAACACGACGAUGCUGUGAACAUACUGAGGAACGCCGGUGAUAUCGUUGUACUAACUGUGAAGCAUUAUAGGGCUGCCACACCUUUCUUACAGAAGCAAGCUGACGGAGCAUCAGAUACAGACAGCAGCACCGGCGACGAUCACCCAUCGCUUCACAACAAGGUCGAUGCGAAUUGCAACUCGGAGAAGAGUUCAGAACACACCAAUGGUGGUUGGCAGAGCGCUUGGCCUGAUGAAGAAUCGAGUAGACCGGGGAGUGCUACAGGGUCGGUGAGAGGCUCCCGGCCUCCCUCGGUGGCUUCGGAUAGACACGAUGUCACCAUUAAGGAAUGGGUCGACGUCGUAUCAGUGCCAUUAAUGAUGGGAUACGUAACGCGAUACGUCCUUGGAACGGAUAAAUUGAGACCUGGAGCUUUUGAGGUCCGAGGAGCUCGUCCGCAUUUAACCACCGGAGUGAUACACGUGGACGAUCCCGUGGCGCUUUCUCACUGGCUGAAGAGCAUUUCCGAUAAUAUCGUGGGACUCACGAACUUACAGAUGAAACUUUUUAACCGCCACCUGGCGGCUGGAGAGCGGAUCGAGUACAUGGGUUGGGUGCACGAGGGCGUGGUCACGGCCCCGCAGCCCUGGCAGUCCUAUAGACCGAAGUUCUUGGUACUGAAAGGAACUGACGUCAUGCUUUUUGACGUACCACCGAUGAACAUGACCGAGCUAGCGAAAUGCCCAGAAAGCCUGAAAGUUUACCAGACCAUGUUCAGGACUGUAAAAGAGAGCGAGACGGUGGACUGGAGGCAGCACUGCUUCUUGGUGCAGAGCAGCAGCGCCGGGGUCGGGACCCCAGGGCCGAGGUACUUCAGCGCGGAGACCAGACAGGAACUGCUGAGGGUCGAGGCCGCCUGGACAGCUAACAUCGUCAACUCUGUUAUAAGACUCGGGAAAAAGACAUUCACGGUUGUGCAUUCAGGACGUGCGGCCGGGCUUACGUUGGAUUGGUCGGCGGGGUUCUCGCUCACCGAGGGCACACCCGGAGCGUCUCCCGUCUGGUCGUAUAGGUUUUCGCAGUUAAGAGGUUCGAGUGACGAUGGAAAAUCGAAAUUGAAACUCCACUUCCAAGACGCCGAAACGAAGGUCAUUGAAACAAAAGAAUUAGAAUGUCAAAUACUGCAGAGUCUAUUGUUCUGCAUGCACGCCUUCCUGACCGCAAAGGUGGCCUCCGUAGACCCGGCCUUCCUCGCGUCCAUACAGCAGUCUAAUUAAAUAUUAAACCCAAACGACUGUAAACAUUCCCUUAUGAAACAUACAUUAUUAGUGUGGACAAGUGUGAAAAUCUCACUGACUACGCAAAAUUAUGUUUGUUGUUUUUAUCCGGCAAGAUACCAUCGACUGACGAUAGAUGGCGCUAGGGCAUUUUAAAUAAUUAAGUAUUUCGGAAUUAUUUUGUUAGUAAUGAAAACUAGGAUGUCAAGAGACACGUGUUAACGAAAACUAGGAUCUGAAGAGAAGCGCUAACGAUAGGAAAUAUUGGUGAAGCGAAAUGUACGUGCUAACUCUCUGAUUGUCAAUUUAAUAGCGAAAACUAGUUGACAACGAAUUAAUUGACGUCUUUUAAACACGAUCGGUGAUUUUAAAAUGAGAAGAACUUAUAUGUUUAAUGUUGUUGAAAAUGGAACAAUUAUUGGUUAUUUCACUGAUUCCUAGACUUCUUGAUGCGAUUUCAGUUAUACUCUCAUAUGCUAUUUUAAGCAGAUUAAUUAACAAAUCGCACCUUUAGAAUUGCAAGUCGCCUUAAUCCAAUAUUGUUGUUUUUUUUUUGUAAAAUGUAAUAAAUAAAAAUAUUUUUUCGAUUUUAAUACUCUAUGGUAGGUAUGCGCUUGAUUUCAAAGAGACGGAAAGAGUACUUUGUCAUUUUCCAGACUAAAAGAGGCUGCUUUUAUAAAGUCAUAGAAGACAUUUUUAUAAGAAAUACUUUUUAGUUAAAUCAAUUCUAAUUUUGCGAAAUAUUAAUUUUUGUCGCUGAUUUCGCGAUACCGCCGCUUUUUUUGUUACAAUUUUUUUUUUGAAGCCCUUGUUAGUUCUCUUGCAUUGGCGACAGAUGGCGCGGAUAGAGGUCGGAGGAAGAAAAUAGGAACAUUAAAAUCUUAACAACCACUUAGUUUUAAUUAUACAAUAUUUUCUAUUUGAUAUUUCCCUUAAAAGAUUGUCCGUUCGCUUCGUAUUUGCCGAGAAUCUCAGGUGUGGUCACGUGAAGCAUUUAGGUAAUGUUUUAAACGAUUUGUUGAGAAUAGAUGAUAUUAUAAUAAUUUGUGAGUAUUACUCCUCCACUAUCACUAGUAAAAUAUAUGUUAUUUUUUAAGUAAACAAACAAAAGUGUCAAUUCAUUGGUAACUUUUUAAGUCCGUUCAAAAUAGUAUAUAUAUAUAUAUAUAUAUAUAUAUACAUAUAAUAAAUCAAAUAAAACUCUUCCAUAUACCUUAAGAAUAUUUUAUUUAUAUUAAGCAUUCGAAGUGAUCUUUAUUUACAAUCUCUAAUAGUGUAGGAAAAUCUAAAACAGUAUAUAAUUAUGUAUAAAUAAGAGUAGAUUUGAAUAAUUAAACUUUGUUACAUCAAUACUUGUUUGAAAAAUUAGCUUAGCGUAACAGCUGUCUUUGGUAAGUACAUAAAGCUUGCAAUAAGCUCUAAACACUGACAGCGGUACAAUAAAAGUUUAUAUUUCUAAAGCUGAACAAAUAAAUUUGUAGACUCGAUUUGUUUUUAAUACCGCUCGAUUAUCAGUUUAUUUUCGUUAAUAAAGUGUAUUAGAAGCAUAUUUAUAUGAAACUAUAGUAAUAAAUAAAAAGAAAUAGUUGUCUGUAAAGUCGGAUUACGGAAGAUAGUUACGUGAUAACGUCAGUAGCAGAACCAGAAGAGAGAUAAAUGUGUCACAAGCCAACGCUCGGGCCGAUCGUGCGUCUCUAUCGCUUGUUCCGCGCUCUCGCUUGCACGCUCAGGCUAAGGCGGAACGUGACACUUUUUCGUGCGUGCAACCUGUGUUCUUCGAUUUAUAAGACGUUAUCACGUCAAAUUUUUUUACGAAUAUCAAUUCAUAUUCGAACACUAGUUUGUCAACUCGGCUACAAAGAGCUUUAUUCACGCUAAAUGUUUGUUUAUGUGAUGACUCUGCUAAAUGUAUAUUGAUAGACUGGCCUAAAAACUAUUAAGAGACUAAACAGCGAAAUUAAAGACUUGUAUUUCUUGAAAUGUUGCGAAAAACCCCAAGGACUAUCGAAAAAUUUUGGUACUGGAUACAAAAAAAUACAAUAAUUAAAUAAUAAAAAUAUAAAUAGUGCUUUAAAUAUGUCUUGGAAAAUAAUCCCAUUAACUUGAGCUGAUAGGUUGUGUCACUUCAGAAAGGAGUCCAUUAUUGUCCGGCCGCUGAGAUAUAGCGGAUAAUCUAACACCAAAAUUACAAAUUUUAUCACCGACUUGGUGCAACCCUGAUUGUUGCGCCGAGGGUCGUGCGCUCGAUUCCCGCGUCAUUGCAAACAUUGAUGGACCGGUUUGUUUGCUCUUUGUCUGGGUGUUGUUCACCUAUAUAUGUAUAUAUUUAACAUCUUUCUCAUAUUUCGUAUUCUCAUCUCAUAUUGAAACUCAUAUCUCAAGGUGGGUGGCGGCAUUUACGUUGUAGAUGUUUAUGGGCUCCGGUAACCACUUAAAACCAGGCGGGCUGUGACCUCGUCCACUCACCUAAGCAAUAAAACAUAUAUAAGUAUGUUUGUCAGUCUCUGGUACCCAUAACACGGGGAAUCCUAAACUAUGACCGGAUGAUAAUGCGUGAUUUGUUCCCAAUUAUUAUCACACUUAUCACGUUCAUGAUUUGUUAGUCGGGUAAAUCAAUCCAAAGCUACAUCGUCUGUUAGAUCGUGAGCCGCCAUCCACGCAUUCUCUUAUCGGCCGGACAGUUCAACGACCCUGGAUAUUAAUAGUGCGACAGAAUUGAUUCUCAUCGACUUAUCGGUGUACUGAGUGAUUGUUGCGAGCGACUUUUCGCAGCAACGCUGUGGAAGUAUAAAUAAUCGACAAUCUUUUUCAAAAUGAAUGUUAUUGCUCUAGUAAUAGAAUUCAAAUUACAUUGAUUAUUUUACUAACAUAGAUUAUUAUUAUUAGAGCACUCAAUACGUCACUUUAGAAAGCAUGAUCGGCUAUCUCUUUCUAGAUACGUGUUUAAUAUUGAUUCGUUAGCAAAAAUGCACGAUUUCAAAUUAAACAUUUUUAAGACAUUACAAUGUAACAUUUUAUUAACAUGUUCAAUUCAAGUAUCAAUUAUUUUAAAAGUACAUAUUACUAUUGUAGCGUUGUUAUGUACAUAUAUAAUAAAGUAUAUACGAUAAAUUAAUAAUACUAAAUCUUAGUAGAUUUUUAUAUAGUGAAAGUAGGGUUGUUAUGGUGUUUGUUCAAAAAAUGUUUUUUUUUAAUGAUGGGCAUAUUUAAGAACUUUUCAUUAUGUUGCCCUUAUUCAUUUAAAAUAAUUUAAAUGAGUAAAAUAUAUAUAUACAUCAACGAAUUUGUCAAUUUGAAAAUACUAUAUUGGUAUUUAUUUUUAGACGGUGUGCGAGCUAUGUAAUAAAUAAAUCAAUUCGGCUUAUAAGUGAGCUUAGAUUUGUAUCCAAUCGAACAUAGAUAUGUGGGCCUAAAUUUUGCAUUUUUAGAGUGCCCAAAACCUGUACAAAUACUUCCAAAUCCUGUUAACUUAAAAAUACUAAUAGUACAUAAUUUUCGCUGAAGGUUAAGUCAAUUUUUAUUGCGAAUUUUAUUGCGAACAUUGUUUUGCAGUCGGUACGUGACAAGCAAAAAUACCCAAAACAAUAUAUUAUUAAAUGUAUAGUAGGAUCCAAAGUGUCUUCUUAUUGGUCAUUUGUGUAUUAUUAUUAUUACUUUAAAUUUCCAAUUGUUUGGAACUUUUAAGUACGUUAAUAAUAUUGAUGCUUGCUUAAGAAUUGGAAUGAGUUGUUAUACAGUGUCCGACAAAAAUCCUAUUAGGAUAAUAUUCAAUAUGAAUGCAAAAGUUGCUGCGAAAGAUGAUUUGCAUCAAAUAAAAAAUUUAAUUUAAGGAAUAAGUUCAUAGCGGUGAUCGAAAACCGAUCGAGUCAGGGCUGUUGAUCCUUGUGGGGUCGUGGGCCUGUGUGAGUAGCCUCAAAUAUUAGGACACGUUUAUUAAAAAAAGGCGCAUAGACGCGUUUGAGAUGUGGUGCUGGCGGCGCAUGUUGCGCAUCCCUUGGACGGCUUUCCGGACGAACGCUUCCAUCCUCAACGAGCUAAAAGUUGACCAGAGGCUAUCCACCAAAUGCCUAUAUAGAGUGCUCCAAUAUUUUGGUCAUAUAGCAAGAAAACCCUCUGACAACCUGGAGAGACUCAUAGUGACGGGUAAAGUGGAUGGAAGACGAUCCAGAGGUCGGAGCCGAAAAAGAUGGGAGUGUGUCCGAGUGUCUGGACAUGACACUGAGCCACGCACUUCACUGUGCCACUGACCGAUAUAAGUGGCUACAAAUUACAAAAAAAAGGUCACAGGCAGGCGCAUCACGAUGCUCAGCAAUGAGCGGUCGACUGAAAGAGGAUGAUUAAAAACAAUACAUUAAAUGAAUUUACAUUUUUUACUUAAAAUGUUAAUUUGAAUGGGUUUUUGUCGCUCAUUGUAUAACGAAAGAUUUUAUGAUGCUUAAAGUUCCAUAGAACGUUUAAAACGAAAAAAAAAGAAAUCAUUUGUAAUUAUUUAAUAGAUUUUAUUAUAAUAAAUAAAUAAAUAAAAUAUUUUAAAAACGAAAACUGUUAACGUUUGCGCUUGCUUCAUAUCAUUAUAUUUAAGUGAAAUAUUUUAAAUGUUACAAUAACAUUUCGAGAUUAUAUCAUUAAUAUUUUUAUUACGUAAUAUGAUGUACGGAGAAGGAAGAAGAAGCAAAUGAAUUUGUCUAAUGCUAAUUUGCAGAAUGUAUUCAAUCGUUACUUAAUUAACAUAUUGUGUGCUCGAUUUCCCAUAGCUCAGGCAAAUCGAUAUUGCCUCUGAGCCAAAAGAAAGCUUUUACAUUCGUCCCAGUAUCGUUGCUCGAGAUAUAAUUUAUUAAUUAAAUUAUCUCGUGUGAACUGAUGAAAAUAAUAAAUCAAUAGGUGAUUGAUUAAAAAAAAAAUGAAUUAUUUUUAUUUUUAUUUUACACAAGUAUCACAGUACAUGUACAUCAGUGUAAUAUUGUAAGAUCGAAAUGCGUAUCCUAAUUUGAUAGGUUGAAAUCAAUCGGUGAAAAUUCAAGACAAAUUUUCUCAAAUGAUGUUUUUUUUUUAAUUUGUUUAGGCCUUUUUCUGUGAACGUAUUUGAAAAUUGAAAUAUGAUUGAUUCAUUUCUUAUAUAUAUUGACAACGUCAGCUACACAGUGAUUUAUCACCGUCGAUGUGAAUGUAGCGACAGAGGAUUUUUGAAAGUACCUAGAAAAUCUGUACUAUUAUAUCACUCUAAGGUGAGAUUAUUCAUAAUAACACACAUAUUUUUUGCUUUGGCCAUCAGUUUUAUGAUCUAACUGACAUCGGUCCUUGAGAAUGGUGGUCUUGGUUUGGAACAUCCCAGCAGGACUUGAAGUGGAAUGAUACUAUUUACUACAAACAUUUUUUUGGAAGUAGUAAUGGUAAUAUUACAGAGGCUAUCCUAUUGUUUAAAUAUAAUUACCUUAUUUAGAAAUAAAUAUUAUUAAUUAUAAAGUAUACUUUUUUUUCAUCUCGUUAAAGCUGUGUGUGUUGUGAGAGCGUAAUCAAAUUCGUAUCUUAAGCAAAAUUUACAAAUCUAGAUAUUUUAAAUAACGAAAUAUAGUGCAAUUUAUUUGACAGUUUAUGUUAAUGAAAAUAACAAAAAAAUAUGGCUUUACUUAACUUCUAUUUGUAUAAGAAAACGUAUUUACACAGUUAAAAUUUAUUAAAUCUCUAAUAUAUGAACUAGAUAUGACAAUAUAUUCGACGUGUGUCUCAUUUCCAAAUUGAAAUGUCGUACCACGGCUAAGUAUACAAUAUAAAUAAAACAUGUCUUCAAUUUGAAAGACAAUUCCGGAACUAUUACAAUGUUUGGCUAUUUUAGUAAGUUUAAUAGUGGUAGCGUUUACUUAUAUACUUGCUCACUUAUAUUUCUAUUGAUGCCCAAGUGCUUACGAGCUUUUUCGUCGUAAGUUUUCAAUGGAUACACGACAAUACUUUUCUUGAUAAUGGUACUUAACAAAUUAAUUAAAAUACCGUUGAAUUAGUCAAUUUUAGCGAAAUUAUUAUAAAGACUGAUUAUAAAUUGAUGUUGUGUCUUUUGUUUUUGUACGAUCAUCGAUUUUUUGUUUAAAAAGGAAUUUGUAGUUGAAAAUCUCAUACAUAAUUGAUUGUAGGAAGAAUUUUGAAAUGGUUAGUUUGUUCAAGUUGGUUUUUCCUACGUAAUCGUUGGCAACCUAAGGAGCUUAUUCCAACUACGCGCGGUCUGGUAUAUAAGCUCACGGGCUCAAUAUGAGAGAAUUGCUAACACUGGCCCUAGCAAGAGCAGUGCUUCGCUGAAUAUACCACCGGAUCGGAAUCGCGACCCACUGAGAAGAUUCGACGAGAAACUCAGCGGGCUGUGUCUAUGGAAAUGUAGUUCAAAAUCUCAUUCAUAAUUAUGAUUGUGGCGCGAACGUUUGAAUUUUUAGUUUGUUUAGGUCGCUAGCUUAAUUCAGUAAAUUCAUUACGUCAGGAUAUCCAUCUAAUUAUCGUUAUACAACGUUUUUAUGUAUUCCGUAAGAUUUUGAAUGUCGAAAAGAGCUGAACAAAGAAUGUACAAAAUCGAUCAAUAAAUUCAUUCCUAUAGUUGUUGAUUCCUUUAAAAUAUUGAACCGAGUAAGUUUCUUAUAAUUUAAAUAGUAUUUUAUGUAAAAUCGGUCCUUAGAACAGGCAUUUGGUUCUAAGUUGUGUAAAGAUUUGUGUUAAAACGUAUGCGACGUGUUUAUUGAUUGAUUACAAUUUUUUUUAGUUAAGUAUGUAUUUUGCUAACAAAUGAUUCGGGUUAAGAAGAAAAAAAAACUACUAAAACCAUUGUCUAAAAUUAAUAUCCCUACAGAACCCAGUUGUUGUUCAAACGCCAUUCAUAAUUAGUCGGCUUACGUCAUAUACUGCAGUCCAUAAAACCCGCGCGCCGAACUCAUUUUUCUAUAAUUUUAAAUCUGAAAGUAAUCAUGUCAUAAUAAUAAUUCAAAUUACGUAUAUAAUCUACAUUUCUUCUACACAUAUUUUUGGAAGCCAUAAGCUAGUUCUGGAUACGCGAAUGAAAUUAAUUAAAACAGAUCACACAUUGCCUGAACCGUUCAGUAUUGGUACAAAAUAUGUUUAUAUUAACAUAUUUUUUUAAUUAUUAUUUUAAAGUAAUCAAUCUAAUGAGGUUUUAACGAUAUUACCUUCAUAAUUAAUUUUCUAAGACUUAUAUAUUAAAUUUUGAUUUGUUAGUUUUAACUAUAUAAUUAUAGCAUUAUUCAACAUUGUUGUUUGUAUGUAUUUCAAUAACGUUGCGCUUGUGCAGAUUGAGGGCGGAUUUAGGUGUACAUCAUAUGUGUGCGAGCGAGACCGACACAAACUGAGAAUAAUCACAAACUAUAGUUCUUUCUCUGCACUAGUAAAACGAGCAUGUAGUCGCAAAAUAGUUUUCAGUUCGGCAUUAUUGAGUAUUAUUUCGAAAAUUCAACAAUAUAAUUACAAUAUUCAAAUACAAUACUUAAAUUAUUUCCGUUCAAAAGCUUACAGAAACUCCAGCGGAUAAUAGUUUAUCGAAUACCAUAUCUUUACCAUUCGCGACUCCUCGACAUAUUUAUUUAUAUCUUUACGGUUGAAUUUCGCGUUCUAUAUCCGAUUAGUUUUACAUUUUUCAACAGUCACAUAUUUGAAUCUUUGGAAAUUAUAAACGUGAAAAUCAACCAUCCUCCUCUAUGUAGACAUAGUAAAUAUAAUGAAAACUUUUAGCUCCAAUUUACGCGUAUGUGAUAGAAGUUCAUGACUAUCAUAAAACAAGUUUCUAAGCUGCCGCGCAAAUUAGACGAAACACGCCUUAGCGCAAGUUCACAGUGUGACGUCAUUUGUGGCCAAAAAACUAGCUAAAUACUACAUAGGACAUCAUGCGCUGUGAUUAGAUUUUUUUCCUACCUAGUAUUUGGUAACCUAAGGGGGUACUCCUACUACGAGCGAACUGGUACGUGAGUUCACGGUUCUUAACGUGGAAGAUAUGAUUCAAUGUUAGAAUUCUUUUAUUACAUAUUUUAGACAAUUAAAAAAUAAUACAUUAAUUCCACAAAAAUCGGCUUAAUUUAAUUAAAAUUCCUCAUUAAACACUUCUAAGAUCGUUUUCUUACUGAUGUCCGUCCGGCUGCCUAUUGCCUGAAAUGCCGACAUUACAGUACUUCAUAGUAUUAGAUUAUAUUUUUGUCAAAUCAGGCGGGUCCAUUCAUAACACCCAAUUAACUCACCUAAUUUGGAUUCGUUACCCACAGUUCUAUCCACAGUGUUUUUUAGCGCAAAUCGCUGAAGUUUACGGCCCAUCUGACGUAAAGUACCUAGUUACCAGAGCUCAUAGAUCACAAGUUAAAUCUCAUCAACCCACAUAGCCGACAUGACGUUGAAAUCUGUGUACUGUAUAACGACUAUACUAUACUAUAGGUGUAAAUUUGAACUAUGAAUUAUUAUCUACUAUAUUCCCUCGCUAUAGAAAGACAUUUUAAUUUUGAUUUUUAAACGAAUAUACCUUAUUCGGUUGAGUUAUUUUUACAUAAUAUUUGUGUAAAUCCUACUUAAGAGGAUUUGUUACAACUGAGUGUGAAAUAUAGGAACAAUUUGAAGUUUGUUCAUUGACUUUAUUAAAAGUCCAGUUAAAAGCUAUAUUUAAUAUGGGACCACCCCGCUUGUAUACCUUUCGCAGAUAAACUUCACCGUCAUUAGAUUUAGUAAGGCAUUUACGAGAAUAGUAUUAGAAAUUGUUUGCUGUAUGAGUUUUCGUAAAAAUUUGAGAAUGUAAUCAAUAUGCCGGACUGUAGUGGUUAAACUAGUUAUAUAAACCUACUGUUGAUUAUUGUAACAUCUAUUGUAUUCAUUAGUAAAAUAUUAAUUCAAUUA